CUCCACUCCGCGCUCUUGUCCCACUAAAGCGAUUUCAGCGCGUGCAGGGACUCGUCCCCACGGACACGGAUGGCAACAUGGCGACAGAGUUCCACAACCUGCAGGAGUUGAGGCACAGCGCGUCUUUGGCCAACAAAGUCUUUAUCCAGAGGGACUACAGCGAAGGGACCACCUGCAAGUUUCAGACCAAGUUUCCAUCUGAGCUGGAGAGCCGGAUUGAACGGACACUGUUUGAGGACACUGUGAAGACGCUGAAUAACUACUAUGCAGAGGCAGAAAAGAUCGGAGGCCAGUCGUACCUGGAGGGAUGUUUGGCCUGUGCUACAGCCUAUCUGAUCUUCCUCUGCAUGGAGACGCGCUAUGAGAAGGUGCUGAAGAAGAUAGCCAAGUACAUUCAGGAGCAGAAUGAGAAGAUCUACGCUCCCAGAGGUCUGCUCAUCACAGAUCCCAUCGAGAGGGGAAUGCGUGUUAUAGAGAUUUCCAUCUAUGAGGACCGGGGCUCCAGUGGCUCCAGCUCAGGGAGCAGCUCAGUGUCCGGCAGCACUGCUCGAUGACCGGUUGCCACUACUAAAUUAAAUCUGGUGGGUGAGAGAGAAAAAGAUGCAAAGACGUGACAGAAAUAGAGGAAGAAAAAUACUGAACCACAAGUGAAGACUACAAGCCUCACCAAACCUCAUAGUACCUCAGCCACUGCAGUUGCACCACAUGGUCCAGGAAAGCCACAACAAACUGGACCAACUGGAGAACUGGACUCAAUUCCAUCAACAAUGCACAUAUGCACAUAGGCUUUUAAGUAUUAUCUGUAGCUCUUUAUGAGUUUCCAGACCUUAGCAGAUGUAGGAAGGAUGUAUUUAAAGGGCAUCACAAUUUUUCAUCUACUCAGAGCCCAUAUAUAUUAUAAAAAAGCUGUUCCUCCUUCACCUUCUGCUGUAAAUCAUGCUGUCUGGUAGCUGAUGAAUGUCCUCCAGCCUGUCCAUGUAUAUAAUGUAGCAGAUCUUCCAUAUUUCUCACAUGAAGCCUCUAUUUUACAUACAGACACAUGCACAAAACUAAGAACUAACCUCUUGGUUUCAAAGAGCGAGACCAUCUCUUCCUAAAUUAUGAUUAUGCAAAAAGAUACUGUGCAUCAAAAGCAACAGUAAAUAGAGAAAUGAUGGGUCAAAAAGUCUUCCUGAAUCAUAACAGUCGUGUUUUAAACUAAACCACCCCAUCUUUUUAUUUCUGAAAAAAACUUCCAAAGAACAAUAACUGCCAAAAACUGGUCCACAAAUGUGAAUGUGUCUUUUAUUUUGGUGACAUUUUGUGCAAAUGCAAACUUUCGUACUGCUUGUUGUUUGAUACACAUGGCAAAGAGGUAAAAACAAUCCGUGUCAAAUAAAUACUGUUUCAUCACA